CACGGCCAUGUCGUCCCUUGGGGUUAGGGUUUUAUCACCCUGCUUGACUUUCACCGCGUCAUGGACAUCAAAACGCGCUAAACAUGGAUCCGUAAUAACGUGACUCUGUCUUGACCCUUCACCACACCUUUCAAAGGGUCUAAUUCUUCCGACCAUACAACUCAGCUCGUGGCUCAUUGACGUGUUUGUCAUGCGAUCUCAUGUCACAAUCAACCAAGGCUAGGCUUGGCAGCUUCCAGAAUGGCUCGGGCGCGCCCAAAUAUGCUCACCCCAAAAGGGAAGAGCCUCCGCAGCUGAAGCCGCUCAUCGCCGAGAUACUGGACUCACAAGACUGCAUCUCCGGCUCCGUCUUCCUCGUCGAGAAGAUCGACACAGUGACCCAGCCCAUCGCUGCUCCCCGGCAGAUCUUCGCCCCAAGGCCCAGUCACCACGGCGCGACCCGGAAGCGCCGGCGCCGGCGCAGCCGGCACCUCCGCGCCGUCCGGCUCCUCCUCGCCGACGGCGGGGGCGUGUGCAUACAGGGCCUGCUCCGGCCGGCGGCGCACGACCUCGUCUACAAGGGUUCGGUCUACGAAGGCUGCUUCGUGCGGCUGGACGACUUUUGGCUGCGCGUCGUGCAGCCUGACGCCUCGUCGCCCGAAACGCGGCCGACGGUGUUCCUUGUGCUUGAGGUCGUCACGCCACUGUCAAAGCCCAGACCCCGGCCUGCAGUCAAACAGUCUACGGCGGCUGAUGAUGAGCUGACCACUCCUCAGCGCCGCGCUUCCGUCGCCACUCUAAAGCCUCCCGCCGCCACGGCCGGCCAGAAGCAGGGGCUGAAGCAGCCGUUUCCGGUGGCCGGGUUUUUGUCCGCGGCUACCAUACGAGACGCGCCGCCAGUGCUCGCAGCCGCGGAGGCUCCCGACUUUGGCGGUCCGACAGACGGCGGGCCUCGGCAACAUUCCCACAACAGCACCAGUAACCAGGGCCACGAAAAACCGGCAUCAGGGGCCAAGGCGCCCGGAGCCACGGUCGCGCGGCGACCCCAAGCCCCCGCGGAGCCGGACAGCAGCCGGCUCGGCACGCCGCCCGCGUGGGCCUGCCACGACCUCUCGCACCCCCUCAAGCUCACCCCGCUGCGGGCGAUCCCGCUCCUGCCCUUCAAGCAGAACUGGAUGGUGAACGUGCUAGCCGUGGUGGCGGAGCUGUCGGGGCCCGAGCCGUCGCUGCUGCCGCCGUCGUACGCCCAGCGCACGGCGCGGCUGGCCGACCCGUCCACCCCCAAGCACGUCCUGCUGACCGUGUUCCUGGACCCGGACGGGUUCGCGCCCUCGCCGGGCGCCGCGGUGCUGCUGCUGGGCGUCAAGAACCAUAGGUUCGACGGCGGCAGCCUCAAGAAAUACGCGAGCGACAGGCCAAGGGACGGUGGGCCGUGGUGGCUCGAGGCGCCCAGGCACCUGCCCUGGUGCGACGUCGCGGGGCUGGAGGCGUGGUGGGCGGCUAUGGCGGAGGAGGAGAAGGAGGAGGGGCGGUCUCGCCAGGAAGAUGGUUGAUGUUGUCUAUUUGAUAUUUGCUAAACCUGCCUCUUCCUUCUUCCCAACACCCCUGGGGCUUUUCCUGUGACCAAUAGCAAUAGCCGAUAGCCGAUAUCAUGAAGCCGCGAAGCCAUCUCCGAUCCUCUUCUUGACCUAAUUCUAAUUUUUUUCCAGCCCCAUGCCCUAAAGUAGCGUCAAUAAUCUCUCCACGUAUCCGCUACCUCCCGA